UAUCAACCUAAAUAUCCUAAAAUGAAUAUUUGAAAUCUAAGCUGUGUCCUGUGAUCCAAGUUUGAAGUGUAUAUUAUAAUAUCGAACUAUGUACACCAAAAAUCUAAUAAUAUAAUACAAUUUAAUACAAAUGAUACAAUGGCAACUAAAAAAUUAACAAAGAUAAUCGUAGUCGGAUCCGUUGCCCUAUGCAGCUAUUCAGUUGGGACAUAUGUUGAAAGAAAGAAAUAUUCCUCUUGCCCAACAUUUGCACCACUCAAAAGUAUGCCAGCUUUACCAGUAUUUGCUACAGUCUCGGCAGCAACUCCUUUGACUCCUGUCCCUCAUUCAGAGACCCAUGUCAGUCGAGUGUCUCAGAUAAUGAAGUAUGGAUUCCCUGGCCUAGAUCAAGUCAGAUCAUUUGAUGAUUACAUUUUGAGCUAUGAUAGGCGGAACAGAGUAGCACACUGGGUGUUUGAACAUCUUACUCCUGAGAAUGUGAAGCCAAAUGAUCAAGUUGAUAGAACCAAAUGUGAAUUCAAACCUGAUGAAAGUGUUCACAAGUUAUUCAGGUCAGAUAACUCUGAUUAUAAGAAGUCUGGGUAUGAUAGAGGACACCUUGCUGCAGCUGGAAAUCAUAAAUCAAAUCAAAGGCAUAUAGAACAGACUUUUUAUUUGACAAAUAUGGCACCCCAAGUGGGGAAAGGCUUUAAUAGAGAUGCUUGGAAUAGUUUAGAAAAGUAUGUAAGAAAGUUGACAAAAGUAUAUAGGAAUGUGUACUGCUGUACUGGACCAUUAUAUUUACCAAGGAAAGAAAAUGAUGGUAAGACUUAUGUGAAAUAUGAAGUUAUUGGAGCCAAUCAUGUUGCAGUUCCUACACAUUUUUAUAAAGUUGUGGUGGGAGAAACUGCUGAGGGACAUUUUGAAAUGGAAUCUUAUGUUAUGCCAAAUCAAGUUAUUGAUGAAGGGACACCACUUACUAGUUUCCAGGUGCCACCAGAAAGUAUUGAGAGAGCAGCAGGUUUGUUAUUUUUUGAUAAUCUCUCUAGAGAUAAACUGAGAAAAAUCAAUGGAAAGAAAAAUUAAAUGAAGUAGGAUUGUAAAUAGGUUUUAAUAUUUUGUAUAGUAUUUUUUUAGCCUAUUAGAUAUAUGUAUAUGAUUCAUACAAACAUUUCUUCAAUUUACAGCAGAUCUCCACUUUUCAUUUCAUCCUUUUUAAGAGUUAUUGGGAGUCCCAUUAAUGCAGCUUGUUCCAGCAAAUUUCUGUUCUUUCUCAAAUCACUAUCUAACUUUUCUUGCUUAUUUUCUCUGAGGUACUUAGCUGAAGUGUCUGAAGGUUCUACUAAGCCAUCUGAUAAUUGAUAAAAUACACAAGUUGAAUCUGCAUGCACAAUAACUAAAAACAAUAUUUCACAAAUGUUUGUCUUGAUUAAACUUUGAAUUCCCAGGAAAUUCAAGUUUUCAUACACUGUCACAGGUAUGAAAGCAGAAACUGGACUGUUUUUCAUCUUUUUGGCGGUAAUAACGAUUCUCUUUAUGUUUUCAUUGUAGAAAUAUUGUAUGUCAUGGUAUUUUUUCACUUCACAAAGUUCAAGGUAAACUUGCAGUGUGACGACUGCUUGUUGUUUGGUUCCAAGUUUUGUAAAUUCAUUCAUUAGAAUAUCGUUCAUUUUCUAUGAUGUUUCUCAUCUCAUACCCAAAUUUAAUACAUAUUUAUCAGAAUUAGAGGUUUUGAUGAUUUAUUAAAGCGCUAUUUGAAUUUCGCUCAACAGCAACAUGACAUGCUGACGCUGACA